GAAGUGUCGAUCGUAUGUUUAACAGUUGUGUUUUUCAGUUACGCUGGAAUUUUCGGAGACCGACUCAGACAUGUCAUAUGUCUUCAUCAAUGACUCGUCGCAGACCAGUGUACCGUUACUGCAGGCUUGUAUUGAUGGGGACUUGAGUUUCGUUCGGCGUCUGCUGGAGGCUGGCUGCGACCCCAACAUCCGCGACCACAGGGGCCGCACAGGUCUGCAUCUGGCAGCGGCGCGAGGUAAUGUGGACAUCUGCCGCUUCCUGCACAAGUUCGGCGCAGAUCUGUUAGCCACCGACUAUCAGGGCAACACUGCACUGCACCUGUGCGGACAUGUGGACACGAUUCAGUUCCUGGUGUCCAAUGGUCUCAAAAUUGAUAUUUGUAACCACAAUGGGUCCACACCACUGGUGCUGGCUAAGAGGAGAGGAGUAAAUAAAGAUGCCAUUCGGUUGCUGGAAGGGCUGGAAGAGCAAGAGGUCAAGGGGUUUAACAGAGGAGCUCACUCCAAACUUGAAGCCAUGCAGAUGGCUGAGAGUGAGAGUGCGAUGGAGAGCCAUUCGCUGCUGAAUCCAAACCUGCAGAACAGUGAGGGUGUGCUGUCCAGCUUUCGCUCCACCUGGCAGGAGUUUGUGGAGGACUUGGGCUUCUGGAGGGUGCUGCUGCUGCUGGUGGUCAUCGCCCUUCUUUCUUUGGGCAUUGCUUACUAUGUUAGUGGCGUACUGCCCUUUUCUGCAAGUCAGCUGGAGUUGGUCCACUGAGGGCCAGAUUGUGUUAUAUCUGGGUACCAGACGAGUCAAACUUUGAGCUAAAGGGAGGUUUGAGUGGACCUUGAGUGAAGGUUCUUCAUAGUACAAGAUUAGGUUUAAUGUGAAGUUUAGAAACUUGUUAUUCUCACAGUUGAGGUCAAGUGACGGUGUUCACAUGAUGAUGGCUGUGCUAUGAAGGAAGACUGAAAGGUAUGUAUGGGGGAAAAUGUUAGAAGUUUCUCAAACACACUCAAAGUGAUGUAAACCCAUUUCUCACAGAUCUUUCCAUGAUCACUGAAGCCGGCCAACUGGUUGAUCAGUAGACAUAUACACUUGUAAUAAUUUCAGUGGUGAUGUAAACAGCAUUAGGUGACUGUUGUAGGUUAGAUCAGGCAUGAUGUUUUCAUCCUAGUAUUUACUUAUUUUCCUUUUCUAUCAUCUUUAUUUUUGUCUGUAUAUGAAGUGUGUGGAAGUAUGACAGUCGCUACAUGCAUAUGCUUAUUUACAUAUCUAUGAUUCAACAAUUUACUAUAUUAUUAUUGUUUUAAAGUAAUGGUAUGUAAAAUGUUACAUAUUCCAAUAAAUGGCCAUCAGGAUUCAGAUGUCAGUUUAAAAAAUAACAAUUAAGAUUCUUUAUUUAACAUACUUUAUUUUUAUGUUUGUGUACAAAUAAUCCUAAAUGCUUAAAGGGUCUUUCUGUUUGCUAAAAUAACCAGAAAAACAUUUUUCCUCAUCAUAAAAUGCUUUUGCACCAUGUUUGUGUUCUGAACAAUAUUUUCCACAAGAAUAAAUGUCAGUGUUAAGAUAAUAUGAAGCUAAAUAUGGCCUAAAAUGAUUGCGCAUUGUCUAAGAAAGCAGUAAGACUUAAAAAGUAGUGCUUUACAGCGACUUAAGAACAUCA